CGGUGCUUACUCUUCUUUCCGAGCCUUUCUGUGCAGCGCGAUAAAACUCAGGCUGGGUUGGAGUCCAAUCGAGACUUGAGGGGAUGGAACACGCCGAAGUUCGAAGCCAAUGGGAAAAACCUACUGCUGUCAUGGCGGAGACGCUGGAUUCCUGCUCCAGCAGCGACUCGGAGCCGGAGGGGAUUCCCAGGAAGCCCCCUCUCAAACGCCGCCGCCUCAUCACUGGCACAGCCGUUCCUGCAGUCCCUGUCUACUCCAAUAAGGUUCAGAACAGUCUUCAGCUGCUUCCCAACUCUCUGAAGCUGCCAGUUCAAAUUCCAGAAUUGUCCUCUAAGCCCCAUCUCUUUAGUGCCUCAGAUGAUGAUGAUGAUGAUGAGGAGGAAUUGGUAUCGGUGGCAGCAACUUCCACAAAAGUAGAGCAAGAAAAAAGCGUUCAGGUUCUAUCACCUUCGCCUCCACCGCGACCAAGGAGACGGCAUCGUGAAGCCAAAACCUUUGAUCAAAGGUUGAAGACUCUGACAUCUUCCCUCUCAGCUGCCAAGAAGAGCUUGCAGGAUGAGGGGCUGGCGGCUGACUGGGAUGAUGUGAUUCUGAUUGACACAACAGACCCCUUAGAGUCUCGGGAGCUGGUGCUGAAGAUCCGGUGUCGGACAGAUCUCUACAGAGUCUCAGUUCGGAUGAUGGACCCUCUUCAGCGGGUGGUUGAGCACAUGAGCCAGACCCUGAAGGUUCACCCCAGCAGAAUACUGCUCCUGCUCCGGGAUCACGAACUUGCAGCUGAUGCCACUCCCCAUAGGCUGGGCCUAGGUGUGGCUGAUAUCAUAGAUUGCAUAGUAGAGAGCAGUGACUCAGGAAACCUGCAGCUCAGAGUGCAAGGAAAAGACAAAAACUCCCAGAUGGAGAUCACUGUCCAGAGGGGGGAGCCAUUGCAAGCCUUGAUGACUCACUACCGUCAAGCCCAAGGCCUCGGAAGACAGAAACUUGCUUUCUACUUUGAUGGACAGCGUUUGAUAGAAACCAGGACCCCACAAGAGCUGGGGAUGGAGUCUGGUGAUGUCAUUGAAGUGUGGAGCUAGAAACCUUUCUCUCUGAGGCCCACCCUCUAUAGGAUUUUCUUGUCUACUCCAGGAUACCACCUCUUAAACUGAGCCUUGCCUUACUCGUCACCUCUCAGUUUUUUAACCCUGAUUCUAUUUAAUCAGAAGUUACGGGAGUACCUUAAUAUGAACAGUGGAGAUAGGGAGAGUCUCCACUACUUAUCUACUCUUUCCCUGUUCCAGGAUAUGAGAAGCUGAGAGUAUACUCCAUUCUUGGACUUGUACAUACUUUCCUCUCUCCUAGCCACCCCACCCCCAGCAAUGUGUGGAAGCUUUUAAUAAAAUCAACUUUGUUACUGA